CAGUUUCCCAAAAGUUGCAAAACCAUGAAACCACCUGUAAAACCACUCACCUCUAUCAUCUCUACAGCCUUCUCCGCCCCAAAACCACCCAUACCCCACCCCAAAACCACCAAUAUACCACCUGUAAAACCGGUUAAGAACUUCCUCAGUCCCACCCAAAUACUACCAAAACUCCUCAAUACUACCCAAAUCAGUACUCCACCACUCCACAAACAAGCCCAUCAACUCUACUUCUCCCAAGCCCUUCAAAAACCUCACCUUUUUUGCACUGAUAAGACCACCCAAACGAGAUCCUUGUGUUCUUCUGCAUUCAAAAGCCCUUCAGAAAUUCUAAAUAGUACCCAAAUCAGUACUCCUCCAUCUCUACCCCCUCACAAACAAGCCCAUCAAAUCCACUACCUCUCCUCCUCCAAAACCCUUCCAAAACCCAGCUUUCCUUGCACCAAAACUACCCAAACCGUACCCUUCUGUUCUUCAAUCAAAGACCCAACUGCGAUACCACCUGAAUCCAUGGACCCCACCUCCUCCCCUUCAGGCACCAUCCCUGUAGUCUCCACAUUCAGUUCCCCAUUUGAAAACUCUCCCCCUUCUUCCAUUGAUGCGAGCUCUUCGAUCAGAAAACCUCUAAGUCUGUGGCCAGGCAUGUAUCAUUCCCCUGUAACGAACGCUCUCUGGGAAGCACGUUCGAGCAUCUUCGAGAAGCUCCUCGACCCGUCAAAAGACGGCCCACCACAGAGCGAAUUGUUGACGAAGACCCCAUCACAGAGCCGAAUCAGCAUUCUUUAUAACUUCUCCAGUGAUUAUAUUCUCAGGGAGCAGUAUCGGGACCCGUGGAAUGAGGUCAGGAUCGGGAAAUUGCUCGAAGACCUCGACGCCCUUGCUGGAACUAUUUCCGUUAAGCAUUGUUCAAAUGACGAUAGUACAACAAGGCCUUUGUUGUUAGUUACUGCUUCUGUUGACAAGAUGGUUUUGAAGAAGCCAAUCCGUGUAGACACUGACCUAAAAAUAGCUGGUGCUGUUAUUUGGGUUGGGCGUUCAUCCAUUGAGAUCCGAAUGGAAGUGACUCAGGCACCACCACAAGAGAGCUCUGAUCCUUCAGAUCCCAUAGCUUUGACUGCCAACUUCACAUUCGUUGCACGUGAUUCAAAAACCUUAAAGUCUGCUCCUGUAAACCGCCUCUCCCCAGAAAAUGAGCGAGAAAAGUGGCUUCUGGAAGAAGGGGAAGCAAGAGAUAGGCUGAGGAAGCGGAAAAGAGAAGAACAGAAGCGGGAGUUUGAGAAGGGGGGCCACGUCCUGCAUGGGGAAGUAAGUAGGUUGAAGGCUUUGUUGGCUGAGGGACGUGUCUUCUGUGACAUGCCCGCAUUAGCUGACAGAGACAGCAUUCUGAUGAGAGACACUCGCCUUGAAAAUUCUCUAAUUUGCCAGCCACAGCAAAGGAACCUGCAUGGACGGAUCUUUGGGGGGUUUUUGAUGCACCGUGCUUUCGAGCUUGCAUUUUCGACAGCAUAUGCCUUUGUUGGCCAUAUGCCUUGCUUUCUAGAAGUUGAUCAUGUUGAUUUCUUAAGACCUGUUGAUGUGGGGGAUUUCCUUCGUUUCAAAUCAUGCGUUUUGUACACACAAUUAGAGAACCCAAUGCAGCCUCUCAUCAAUAUUGAAGUCGUUGCUCAUGUUACAAGGCCAGAACUCAGAAUUAGUGAGGUAUCGAACACCUUCUAUUUCACGUUCACUGUCCAGCCGGAUGCCUUGAAGAAUGGAUUGAAAAUUCGCAAUGUAGUUCCUGCCACAGAAGAGGAAGCACGGCGGGUGCUUGAACGGAUAGACGCCGAGGAAUCAUAUUUAUAAAUUCUUGAGAAAGCUCUUCUAAUGAAAAGGGGAAGCGCAGAGUCAUGAAUUUGGAGAGAGCAAAAACCUAGAAUGCUCAUUGCAAAAUGUUUAGAUUAAUUUCUUUCUUUUUUCUUUUUCUUUGUUUAAAGAGUCUUCAGAAACAGAACAUGAAAUAAUUGAAAUUCUAUUAUAAUAAAAAUACAACCACAUUGC